CAUCUCUAGUUAUUACCUCGCAUGUUUUUCAUUCGCUAUAGAUGAUUCGUAUUUAGAUUUGUUUUCAAUGCGGUGGCGAAAUUUCACAAACUUGUUUAAAAGUUUUGUACAGUUCAACACAUAAAAUUAUUUGUGAAAUUCUGGUUAUCGGUACAACAUAAAAGGAAUUGACCAAAAUGUCGCGCCACAGAAUUGUGCGAGCGAUGGACUAUAACGAUGAAUACGACAAUUACGAUGAUGUAUAUGGGCAUUCCGUUGACGAUGACAGCUGCAUUUCACCGACAGACGCCCAGCAGUGGCUAUACGACAGGGCGCGUGGCCAACAUAGUAUGUCAGCUUUCAUUAAAAAUAACAAAGACAUCCAAGAAGAGGAAGAGAUGAGUGAAGAAGUCGUCGCCCACGAAAAGGAUCGUCGAGAUUCUGACAAUUUCCAAUUGCCUGUAUUAAACGACGUUGAUCAAGCAAAGCUUACAUCCUGCAUUGAUGAAGUUCGUAACGUUGUGGGCGAUCAGGUGUCAGAGCGAAGAAUCGUAGAGACUUGUAUUAACUUUGAUUAUGAUAUAACCAAAAUACUCGACGAUAUACUUAACAACGAAUGUGACAGUAAAACCAAGCAGCACAAACCAAUAAGCGAGAUUAGAACUUCAAAAAAACUAUCAGUCCAGCCAACUUCAUCAGCCGCUCCAAAAUUAAUAACACCUGAUCGGGAAACAAUUUCUAGCGUACAAGCGCCGCCAACAAUAAAAGUCACUGCGCAACCAUUAAGUGAACGGGAUAUACGUCGUGGGUUUGAAGUUAAUUCACCACAGGUACAAUCAUCGCCGGUCGUGUCAGGGAGAAAUACGCCUGUUGACGAAGAAGUUAACAAAAGUAUAACAGCAGCUGUUAAGAUAUCCAAAGAACAAGCCCAGCGUGACGCACGAAAACUAUACUCGCAGGAGCGGGGUGAUCAAAAAGCUCAUUUUCACAUGAUUGUUAUUGGACAUGUCGAUGCUGGUAAAAGCACAUUAAUGGGUCAUUUGUUGUUUGAUACCGGCAACGUUUCACAACGAGUCAUGCACAAGCAUGAACAAGAAUCAAAGAAAAUGGGAAAGCAAAGCUUCAUGUAUGCCUGGGUACUUGACGAAACCGGUGAAGAGCGGUCAAGAGGUAUUACCAUGGAUGUUGGAUAUUCGCGUAUUGAGACCGAUACAAAGAUAGUAACACUACUAGAUGCUCCGGGCCACAAAGAUUUCAUACCCAACAUGAUAUCAGGUGCUACACAAGCCGAUGUCGCACUGCUGGUGGUAGACGCAUCGCGUGGGGAAUUCGAAGCGGGUUUCGAACAAGGCGGACAAACGCGUGAACAUGCAUUACUCGUGCGUUCAUUGGGCGUAAAUCAAUUGGGAGUGGUUAUCAACAAGUUAGAUAUGGUCGACUGGUCUAAAGACCGAUUUGAUGAAAUUGUAGGAAAACUGAAGACGUUUCUUAGGCAAGCUGGAUUUAAAGAAUCGGAUGUUACUUUUAUACCAUGCUCGGGUCUCAGCGGUGAAAAUUUAGCGAAACCGGCGAUGGAGCCUGCUUUAAAAGCUUGGUACAAAGGACCUCACUUGCUGCACGUCAUAGAUAAUUUUAAAUUACCAGUUAGAUCAAUUGAACGUCCAUUUCGUAUGUCCGUGUCAGAUAUUUAUAAAGGGACUGGUUCUGGCUUUUGUAUAUCAGGCCGCAUCGAGACUGGUGUACUUAGCAGUAAUGAUCGUGUGCUGGUCGGUGCUAGCCGCGAGCAAGCUCAAGUCAAAGGCAUACAAAUCGACGAAUUAUCGCAAACAAAUGCUUUUGCAGGUGAUCAGGUGUCGGUGACACUAUCAGGAGUUGAUAUGUCUACCCUGUCUGUUGGUUGCAUUAUUUGCGAUCCGCAAAAUCCCAUACCGGUGACAACUCGUUUUCAAGCACGUAUUCUUGUAUUCAACGUGACUGUGCCCAUUACUAUUGGCUAUCCUGUGCUAUUACAUCAUCAGUGUCUCAUCGAACCGGCCGUACUGAGUAAAUUGCAAGCGCAAUUGCAUAAAAGCACUGGUGAAAUUAUAAAAAAGAAACCACGAGUCCUCGGCAAUAACUCGUGCGCUCUAGUAGAAUUGGAAACAACGCGUCCAAUCUGCAUUGAACGAUACGCUGACUUUAAAGAGUUAGGACGUUUCAUGUUGCGUGUGGGUGGCGUCACCAUUGCGGCGGGUAUGGUUACGAAAGUACGUUAAUAUUAAGACUCAUAAAAAUGCAAUAAAAUUUUGUCCUGUUUUGAACUGCAA